AUGAAUGAAAAUAUUGACUCUAAAUUAAAUUUGGAAUCGGAAAGCAGUACGGUUUUAUCGUCGAACAUAGUCAUCAACAGAGUCAAGGAACUUUAUCGGAAGGGCGAAAUAACCUUAGAAGAAGUCAAGGGAGAGGCCAGUGGCAUGAUUUUAGGUGCCUUCGAGACCACAGCUCUGACAGUCAACCACACACUCAUUCUUCUGGCCAUGUUUCCUCAUCACCAGGAACUUGUCUUCGAGGAGCUGAAAGAAGUCUUUCCGGCUGGCGGAGAUUUCGAAGUGGAGUAUGAGGACCUCCAGAAAUUGGUAUAUCUAGAUCGAGUUUUAAACGAAACCUUGCGUCUACUUCCCGCCGUCCCAAUAAGCUUAAGAGAUGUAAAGGAAGACCUUCGUCUUUCAAAUGGAGUCUUAGUUCCCAAGGGAGUUAUAAUGGGUAUAGAUAUAUUUAACAUACACCGAAACAGGGACCUUUGGGGCCAUAACGCCGACGCCUUCGAUCCUGAUCGUUUUUUGCCUGAUAAUAUUCGCCAAAGACAUCCCUACGCCUUCAUACCCUACUCAAAGGGAAAAAGAAAUUGCAUAGGUUGGAGAUACGCCCAAAUAUCUUUAAAGAUCGCCUUGGCCAAAAUUGUCAGAAAUUACAGUUUGAGAACUAGUUUUUGGUAUGAAGACCUGUCUUUUCUCGAUAAUGUAGUAAUUAAACUGGAUAAAGGUCCACUACUUAAUUUUAAUAGAAGGACCACUUAG